AUGUCGCAGGAUCAGAACGAACUUCAGAAGAAGAGAGGAGAAGAGAAGUUGAGAAAAAUCAAAGAACAGAUGGAACUGAAAAGAAAAAGGCGAGAAGAAGAGGAAAGGAGAAGAAAACAACUUGAAGAAGAAGCAAGAAUUAAAGCUGAAAUGGAAGCCGAAAGGCGAAGGGCAGAAGAGGAAGAAAUGAAACGGAGGGAACUUGAAAAAGCGAAACAGAAAGAAAUCGAGGAACAAUUAAGGAAAGAGGAAGAAGAGGCAAAAUCUCGACAAGCUGCUCUUGAACAAGAGAGAUUAGAUCACGAACUGGCCUUGCGUUUGGCAAAGGAAUCCAACUCGAAUGUAGAACCCAUGGAGGAACAAAAAGCUAUUAUAAGAGCGGCUUCCUUGAAAGAUCCGAAUAAGAAAUAUGACCUGAGUAAAUGGAAAUACGCUGAGUUAAGAGACACCAUCAACACCUCGUGCGAUGUCGAGUUAUUAGAAGCUUGUAAACAAGAGUUCCAUCGCCGUCUUAAGGUUUAUCAUCAGUGGAAAAAUAAAAAUAAGGAUCGAACUGCAAGUCACGCAAGCGUUAGUAAGCCAACUUCCAGACUUCCCCCGCGUCGACCACAGCGAUAUUUCCGCGUUCCCUUUGUGAAGCCCGGUGACGAGUAUCGUGACAACGACUUCAAGAAGCGCGGGUACUGGUUCGCCCAUUUUGACGGGCAAUGGAUAGCCCGCCAGCUGGAGAUACACCCGAACGGAGUGAACGUUGUCCUGGUCGCGGGCACAGAUGAUCUUGAUAUGUGUGAGCUGAGUCUGGAUGAAACAGGUCUGACUCGCAAACGGGGCGCUGAAAUAACAAAACGUGAAUUUGAAUUUAGUUGGCAGAAAUGUGGCGGCAAAUCAGACGCUUAUAAACAACCGACUUUUGAAUGA